AUGAGUGGAAAACGAGUUUGCUACUUUUACCAUCCAUUUACAUGGUGUACAAGUCUUGAUCAAGAUCAUCCCAUCCAUCCGAUGAGAAUACAGUUAACUUACGACUUAAUUCUUGAAUACGGAUUACACCAUAAAAUGAAAAUGUUACGACCGCAAGCCGCUAGUUUGCGGCAACUCAAUCGUUUCCAUUCGAUGGCCUACUUACAAUUUUUACAACGAGCAGAAGAAAGUUCCAAACGGGAAAAAGUUCAAAAUUUCGGUGUUGACGAUAACUAUCCGGUAUUUCAAGGGCUUUUGCAUUAUUGCCAGUUAGUAGCUAGUGCUUCUGUAUCAGCUGCCUCUAAACUGAAUUCUAACCAAGCCGACAUCGCUAUUAAUUGGUCAGGUGGAUUCUAUCAAGCUCAAACUAGCCAAGCCUGCGGUUUUAAUUAUAUCAAUGAUGUUGCAUUAGCACUAUUAGAACUAUUAAAACAACAUGAACGUGUAAUCUAUAUCAAUCUUGGACCUGAUCAAUGUGAUACAAUCCAAGAGGCAUUUUCUACAAAUAAUCGUGUUAUGAUUGUUACUUUCCCUCAUUGCGAAAGCAAAUAUUUUCAGGGUAAUGAUUGGAUAAACCAAAUUGGAUUUAAUCAAAGCAGUAAGUAUUCUUUAAAUAUUCCUCUUGCGGAUAAUAUCGAUGACGAAACUUACGGUUUAAUUUUUCAACCAAUAAUUUCCAAAGUCGUACAAUGCUAUCAGCCGAAAGUUAUCGUCUUACAAUCCGGUGAAAGUUUAAUAGCUGAAAAAUAUGCUAAUGGCUACCAUUUAACACCACAGGGACAUGGUGGCUGCCUUCAAUUUUUAAAAUCUUUUAAUAUGCCUAUCCUCCUAUUGGGAGGUGGUAAUUAUAGUACUAAAAAUAUUUCUCACCGCUGGGUCUAUGGAACGGCUAUUGCUAUUGGCCAAGAUAUAUCUAAUAUAACUCCAUGCAAUAACUGGUUU